CAGCCUCUGCGCCUGCGCAUUCCCACCGCCCACGCCACUUCCGCCUCCGCUUCCCAAGCUGCUCUCUGGUCGCGCUUGGAGACCGACUGCUCUUCCCUCGUUCGUUGAGUUGUGUUUCUACGUCACCUGCGAAGGGUCAUCCGCGGUGCCCACGGCUUAGCGCUUGCGGACUGCAGGCGUCUGUCACCAUGGCAACGACUGCUGGGGGCCCUGGAUCUUGGAGUGAAAAUAUACUGCAGUAUUUUCUGAGAAAUAACCAGAUCACAACAGAAGAUGGUGCCCAGGUCACCUGGUAUCAUGCUGCUAACCAUAAGGCACAAAUGAAUGAGGCACUGAAAAGUACUGCCCACAUGAUCGAGGCUGAUGUCCUCCUUCCAAGUGAGGGAUCAGACCAUGGCCAACCGAUCAUGGCCCAUCCUCCUGAAACAAGUAGUGAUAAUACUCUCCAGGAAUGGCUGACUGAAGUUACGAAAAGCAAUAAAGGCAUCAAGCUGGAUUUUAAGAGUCUGGCAGCUGUAGAGCCAGCCAUGACGCUCUUGGAAAAUGUGAAGAAGCAUCUGAAGCGUCCUGUGUGGAUUAACGCUGAUAUUCUUCCCGGUCCAAAUGGAAACAGCAGAGUAGUGGAUGCAAAGCCUUUUAUAGACACUGUGACUUCCUUCUUUCCAGAUGUGACAUUUUCCCUAGGUUGGACAACAGGAUGGCAUCCUGAGAAAGUAAAUGAAGGUUAUAGUUGGACAAUGGUGAAAGAGAUGGAAUGCAUAUGCAGUGAACUAAGUCAGCCUGUAACUUUUCCUGUCAGAGCAGCAUUAGUCAGGCAGUCUUGUUCUCAGUUUCUUUGGCUGUUAAAGAAAUCAAACAGGUACAGCCUGACUAUUUGGACUGGAAAAAAUGAUAACUAUUCCAUUGAAGAUUUACUUUUUAUUAGAGACUAUUUUGACAAAAAACAAGUUUUCUAUGAUAUCCUGGAACCACAUAAUCAUGAAUUUAAACAAGCCAUUGGAAUCAAAGUUAAUCUCUAAAAAAAAGAAUUUCAAAACCUAAUUCUUCAUAACUUCAUUCUUCACACUCAAGAGAUACCCUGAGUAUUUCUGCAUACAUAUCUGAUUCCUGUUGCAAACAUCUGUGACUUACCAUUGGGAUGCCAGUGAUAUAUUCUACUUAAUGGAAUGAAAAGUCCCAUAGGAGGGUUUUACAACCAGGCUCACACAACCUCAGCUCCUAAGGGUUCUUGGGAUUGAUAGAUGACUACAAAUUCUUCUAAAUAAAGUAGG